GAGCCGUCCGCCCCAGUGGAGCCACAAGUGCCUCCAAGUCUUACGGCAGGUCUUCCAGAUCCCACAUCCAUUGAGCGCCAGAAGAGUGCAUACUCUCGCGGGCUGGAUGACCAGCUGAAGCACGGGACGGAAGUUCUUGCACAGCAGCUGAAGCAACAGUCCGACAAUUUGUUCGCAAUGGGAGAUCAACGCAAGCGCCAGUAUGCCUUGCAGGUGGACCAAGAGAUCAAGCAGCGAGAGAUGGAACUGGCGCAGCAGCACAACGAGCAGCUGCUGUUGCUUCAGCAAGCCGCGCAGCAGCAGAAGUCGGCCUUGGAGCACCAGGCGAAUGCGUUGCUCUUGGAGUUCAACCAGAAGAAAGCGCAAGAGGACUUGGCUUAUCAACAGUACCAGUUCCAGAAGCAGCAGUAUGAGACGCAGCUCCAAUACAAUGACGAGAUGAAGGAGCUGCAAGCCGGGGACUUAGAUGGGGUGCUAUCUCUGGACCUAGACUCUCUAGACAUGAAACGAAACGAAGAGGUGGCUCAGCAGCGUGCCUUCAUUGCGCAGCAAGCGGUGUGCCAGACUUUGAGGCUUCGCUUCUUGCAUCAGGUUCGAGUGAACCGGGCGUCGGGAGGAUGGCUCCAGCUUCUCGCGGGCAAGGUACUCGCGCUUGGUCCCUGCCACAAGCGCAAAAAGCGCCAGAACCGCGUGCUCUCCCGGAAUCGGUGCAUGAUGAGCAACGCUCCACAUGUACCGCAGGUCAGUGUCGUUCAGGAUGAGGCCUCCCAGUCUUGGCAAAAGCUUGCAGGCAUGGCAGAGCCGGCCCAUGUGAUGCUUUGCCCUGGUGCCGGUGGGGGGAAGGUCCCCGCCGCCAGAAUGCUGGAGUUAAUGCAGCUUUGUCUCCCGGUCUCCUGCAUCCUCUUGCCAAUGCAUGUCAAGAGACAUGACAGUAGCAGUGACCGUGUUCGAAGCUGCGUAGCUCCGUAUGAGCUGAGCCACAGGGAUAUGGCGCAGUACACUGGCUUCGUGAAGUCAUACAAUGAAUCCAAAGGCUGGGGCUUCAUUGAAUGCCCUCAGACGCAGGCUAUCUAUGGCAAGGACAUCUUCGUCUUGAGGAGCGCACUGUCGGGUGGUGGCCAAGGAGACCAGGUCAUGUUCAAUGUGGUAGACCACGGGCGAGGACCACAGGCCAGCGACGUUGUGGUGCUAGGGUCGGCGAGACCUGCUACACCUCUGGGAGCUGUGAACGGGCCCAUGAACGGACAUGGAUAUAGUCAGCAAAUGCAGCCCAUGCCGACGGCGCGAUCGGCCCCGAUGACUGUGUACAGCCAGCCUGUGAAUCAGCAUGCAGGCUCCAACAUGGUUGGAACGGUGAAGUCCUACAAUGCCGAGAAGGGCUGGGGCUUCGUCACAAGUCCUGAGGUGGUGGAGAUGUACGGCAAGGAUGUCUUCUUCAUGAAGUCCUCCGUGGUCGGCGGUGUCAUCGAGAGGAAUCAGCAAGUUUCCUUUACAGUGGUGUCUGGGACGAAGGGCAUGCAGGCCGAGAAAGUUUGCCCAAUUUCUCCAGCUCCUGCGAUGCAUCGUGACUCAGCCUUUCCUGCAAUGAGGGCGCCUCCGCCACUGAUGAUUCCGGUGGUGCCUCAGAUGCCCCGCAUGUUGGCGCCGCCUCCAAGUGCUGCAAGUGCUGCAAGGCCUGCGCCUGACCAACUCUUCUUUGGAGCUGUGAAAGGUUACAAUGAAGAGAAGGGCUGGGGACACAUCUCCUGCGAGGCUGCGAAAGCAGUUUAUGGCAAGGAGGUUUUUCUCCUGAGGAGCACACUUGGCGGCGCUCUGGUGGAGGCAGGAACACUUCUGGCCUUCAAGGUCACUAUGGCAGCCAAGGGUCCGCAGGCCUGUGAAGUGACUGUGCUGCCUGCCGAAACCUUCCAGUUCGAAGGGCAGCCAGGAAGAGAGUUCGUUGGCACCGUCAAGUUGCACAACACAAAGCACACGGGCAUGCAUCAUUUGGGAAGCAUGGCCUCGCGCCGAGUUUCGAGGCUACUGCGGCCUGGGCUUCGCCUGUGCCCGUCCCCGGGAGCGCAGCGUUCUGCUCCACGCAUGCUGGUAACGGACAACUUUGGUCGGCGACCAGAGCUCUAUGACGACGAUACCUUUAUCCCUAUAGAUGAACAUCCAGCGAGUUGGGCAGUUCGGCCGCAGCCGCAACCAUCGCAUGUGGGGAGCACAAUCGAGACGGUCGAAGCAACGCGGGCCGAAGAGGCAGAGCCCCGAGAGGCAGAGCCAACGGCUACCGCCACAGCCACUGUCGCUAGGGCUGCGGCUGCGACUGAGCACUCGCAUUCCGCUGAACCCCUGCCAACGCCUGGAGGCGUCAAGCUCCAGCCGCCGCCGGCACCUCCGCCGCCUCCGAGAGUUCCUGAAGAGAUGCCCCCUUCGGAAGCCUGGCAGGUACAGAAGCACGUUGGGCCUCCGUGCGCAAGUGGACGGGACUUGAGCCAUGCCGGCAUGAACCUGGAACCAGUCGAUUGGUCGCAGGCAUCUUCAGGUUCCCUGAGCCUGUUUUACAAGGAGCACCCAGCAGUGACUUCGCAGUCCCGAGAAGAAGUGCAGGAUUUCCUGCAGCAGAAUGGCGUGCAGGUUGAAGGUACCAAAGAGCUUCCGAAACCCAUCCGGUCCUUUGACCAUGCCGGCUUUCCCAAACCUGUUGUUGAGUACCUCAGGGGUGAGUUUUCUGUUCCGACUCCGAUACAGUCUGUUGGUUGGCCACUGGCCCUUUCAGGGCGUGACAUGGUGGGGUUGGCACAGACUGGUAGUGGAAAGACUCUGGCCUACCUGCUUCCGGCAAUGCUCCACGUCAAAGCACAGCCUGCCGAACUUGGCGAGGGUCCCGUUGUUCUGGUCCUUGCACCUACACGUGAACUGGCAAUGCAGAUUCAGAUGGAAGCGUUUCGUGUUGGUGAGAUUCUAGGUGUCCGAGAUGCUGUGGUGUAUGGGGGUGUAUCGAGGCGAGGACAGGAGCAGAUUUUGCGCAAGGGUGUUGACGUGCUCAUUGCCACACCCGGACGCCUGCUUGACUUUUUGGAGGCAAGGGUGACCAACCUGGGCCGCGUGUCGUAUCUUGUGGUAGACGAGGCAGACCGCAUGUUGGAUAUGGGCUUCGAGCCACAGCUCCGACGGGUCGUGUCACAAGUGCGCCCAGAGCGGCAGACGGUGAUGUGGUCUGCGACGUGGCCGGCAAACAUCCGGGACCUUGCAAACGACUUCUGCGAGAACAUGCUGAAAGUCACAGUUGGCAUAUCGGCGGCAAAGGCUAACCCGAACAUUCGACAAGACAUCCGGGUUGUAACUGAAUUGGACAAGAAACAGAGGUUCUUUGAGUGGUUGCAGGAAGUAUCACCCGCACAGGGUGCGCAGCCACGUGUACUGGUGUUCACCGAAACUAAGCGUGCGGCAGACGCUUUGUGCAGGGAGUUAAGGUAUGAGCAGUAUGCAGCCGGUGCGAUACACGGGGACAAGGACCAGAGGGAGCGUGAUUCAAUAUUAUAUCAGUUCAGGAAAGGCCGCUGCCAAAUUCUGGUUGCAACAGAUGUCGCCCAGCGAGGCCUUGACAUCAAGGAUGUUGCCUAUGUGGUGAACUACAGCAUGCCUAAGACGAUCGAGGACUACGUCCAUCGCAUCGGUCGAACCGGAAGAGCAGGCGCUCACGGCACAGCUGUGAGCUUCUUCACCUGCGACUUCGGCGCCUCAGACAAGGCGCGCAUGGCCCGCGGUCUCGUUAAAGUCAUCGAGGACGCUGGACAGGAGCCUCCGGAAGCUUUGAGGAUGUUCAAUGCCGAGAAGCGCUGGGGUUUCGUCACUAGCGACGAGAUCACUGCCCUGUUCUCUGGCAAGGACAUCUUUCUGCACCAGAAUGCUCUACAAGAUGCCGCCAGCCUUCCGGAGGUAGGACAGCAGGUCAGAUUCAGCAUCGAAGUCGGGGAGAGCGGCAAACUCCAGGCGAAGGAAGUGAUCCUGGAGGGUGUGAGCCUCCUGGGACAGGAUGCAGGUUUCUCUCCGGUGCGACCGGGCGUUCCUUCUGAAAGGGCAGCUCCUUACUACUCAGAGUCGAACCUCUCCGCAGCCGAGGCUUUGGUUGUUGCGGAGGUCAGGAUGUCCAUUUCGGCAGUGCCUGCCGGUUAUUGCGCUGGGCAGGUGAUGCCCACAACGCUGCCAGUUAUGCCGGGCUCACAUUGCUCGGCGCCCGGCACCUACAUGCCGGCGCCAAUGCCCAUGAGCACCUGA